CAUCUUUCUGACUGGAUGCCUAACGCUAUCUUAUCCCGGAUUCUUUCGUGCAUCACUAGGUGAGCUCGCCUGGUCAUCACUGAUUCUAAGAAAUUGGCCCGUUACACAUCAAUUCAUCUACCCUGGUGUUGAGGACAAUAUAUACGCUGUAAAUGCAACUUACGGCUUCGAAGAGAUGGCUCAAUACCUGGGAGCAACGGCAAUGAGUGAUCUCUGGACCAACGCAAUCGUCAACCUAGCCCUAGUGAUACUCGGAGUUAUAGUGGCAGCCCAACUCGUAUGGUUAAUCAAAUCGGCCUGGCAGCUGUUUCCAACCCGCGGCUCAACUCACAUGUUAGACCUUCCAACGGAAUUCCUAACUCACAUCCAGCACACGGGCUGGAGUGUCGCACGGGUCCUCUUGAACUACUUCCUCCUUCCCAUCGUUGCCUUAUCUCUCUACCAACCACUCCUGGCCACAUGGUACCCUGUUUACCGCACAUUUCUCGCAGUCUCCUUCGUCGCAGCUCUAGCCGUAUCACUGGCCUUCAUAGUCCGGUACUUGGUCAAGAACGACCGACAAAACAAUUUCUUCCACAAGGGCUCCUACCCGAGAAAUUCCUCCCAAGACUGGCUUUCCGAUACUCUAUACAUGGUCCCGUUCCUGAGGGGGUUAGCAAUCGGCGCUCUACAGACCUCCGGCCUCGGCCAGAUACUCGUUCUUCUAUCGUGUGAAGUCUUCAUAUUAGCCUGUCUGCUAUGGAACUGGCGAGCACAAAGGGCGUGGAGACAUGCUUGCUUCGCAACUGUUCGGCUCGUCAUCAUCGGGAUGAGCUGUGCAUUUCUCCCUAGGGCCGGUGUGCACGAGGGAAAUAAGGCCUUAGUUGGGUACUUUAUCAUAUCUCUACACGCCGCCGUCGUGUUCAUUGGAUUUAUCGCC